AUGCGCCACACGCCUGUUUGCCAACCUGUAGCCUACGUGUUGUCCAUCAGGUGGUGGGCUCGAGGGCGUUCCGUGUUUGGUGUCAACGAAAACUUCCACAUCGUCGCGCUCAGAUUUUUCCACGGAGGCAGAGGGACUGAAGGUGGGCCCAUUGCCCGCUUCCCCGGGAGGACUGCAAACGUGGCUGCUAACCUGACUUCCACCGUGCAGGGUCGGCCACUGUGCUCUAACGGGACGCCCUGGAUCCUCUAUCUGUUCGAGGAAUGCGCGGAGAAUGUGUGGGAAUACUGGAGUGUAGUCAUCGGGCUGAUCUCCAUGUUCUGUUUCUUGCUGUCUACUCUACCGUAAGUUUUUUCCACUAUUGCAGUAGGAAGGCUUUCUAUAAGGAAAAAGUAGAUUGUCUUUAUAAUACUAAUUAAAAUUAAUGAUCACAGAUGUUGUGAUCAACAGCUGCCAUCUCACAUUUCUCUGACAUUCAGUGUUAAGAAGAUACUCAUGACAGAUUAAUAAACCCAUUAUUGAUGUAUUGCCAUAGCAAUGAGAGAGAGUCAGUGUGGCUCUGCAAAACCAGUUUAUGAGACCUCUAAUCCAAGAGACCUCUAAUCCAAGUAUCUGUUGACAUGUCACAUCACUCUCUCCUUUUCUUAACCAUUCUCUCUGCCUCCAUUUUAUAUCUUGUUGUCUCUCUGUCCCCCCCCCCCCCCCCCCCCCCCCCCCAGACAAGUCUACGAGGCUUAUCGCAAUGGUAAAGUGGAGGAGGCCAUGUCUAUUGGCUUUCUGCUCUUCCUCUUCAGUGGGGACCUCAGCAGUCUGAUCGGCUGCGUCCUGACCAGCCAGCUGCCCAUCCAGGUAUCUAACAACAGGCACAACUUCAACUUGCUCUUGUGUGCAUAAGGAGAGUUAUUGUUUUGAUUGCCACAUCACUCUAUGCUUAGGCAUGCCCUGAUGCACUGGAUAGCUGCUGCAUUGAAGCACCUUUUUCAAACAUUCAGUUUGUGGAUGGAGUUGCUCUUAUCUGCAUUUACAUUUUAUCCCAAGGGCAUGUUUUCCUUAACCUUGCUCUGACCCUUGCCUAUGCAGAGGGUGCCACUGUCAAUCAUAUUUGAUUGCUCUCUCUCUCUCUCUCUCUUUCUUCUCUCAGAUUGUGACAGUAGUGUUCUACAUCUUCACUGAUCUCCUGCUCAUCUCCCAGUUCCUCUACUACAAGAUCAAGAACAAAUUGUCUAAAAGUAAGGCCAGCCUGAUCAUGAUAUUGCACCGUCCACUCAAUAUGGAAAUACAAUAGAUUGCCGUGAUUGUACAUGUGUGAGAAUCAGCAUUGUUCCUUGCAUUGUAGCUAGUGUGCUGUAGGUCCAUAUUUCCAUUGUAAGUGCAAUUCUGAGGGUACAAUCUGUGUACUCGCAUAAUGUGCUACAUGUUGACAAUGCUAACAGCUAUGCCCAGCUAUCCAUGCCUAAUGUGUAUGACAUGACUACGUGUGUGUGUGUGUGUGUGUUUUCAAGUGAAAUAGUUCCCACUAAAAGUUGAUGACUUUGACAAAUGCUCACAUUGUAAAGCUCCUUUUGUUAGUCCAGUUUGCAGCCGCAGGGCUGGAACACAAAAGGAAGACAUAUUGGAUUGCUUAACAGUAGGAGGGUGUGUGUUGUGUGUGGCUAUGUGGCCAGUGAGGGAGAGAAAGAGAGAGGGAGGUCAUACCAUGCCUUUACAAGCCCCUCCCCCCUUUCUCCAUAGCUCAGGUAUCUCACAGGUAUUUGUAUUGAUUAAAUAUCUACAUUGCCACGGCAGCAGCUACUCUUCCUGGGUUCCAGCAAGAAUUAAGGCAGUAAUAUACAUUACAAUAAAACAUUUAAACAUUAAAAUACAUUUUACAACAGAUUUCACAAUACAUUAAGUGUGUUCCUCCGGCCACUACAACACAAUCCAGGUGUACGUGUGUGUAUAGUGUGUAUGUUAUGUGUGUUUGUAUGUGUGUGUGUGUGUGUUUGUACCUGUGUAUGACUCUUCACAGUCCUCGCUGUUCCAUAAGCUGUAUUUUUUUAUCGGUUUUUAAAUCAGAUUUUAUAGAUUUUUUUCAUUUUUUUAAUUAAACCUUAUUUUACCAGGUAAGUUGACUGAGAACACAUUCUCAUUUACAGCAACGACCUGGGAAAUAGUUACAGGGGAGAGGAGGGCGUGCUGGCGUGAGUUACUUGAUGUGGAAUAGAGUUCCAUGUAGUCAUGGCUCUAUGUACUACUGUGCCUCCCAUUGUCUGUUCUGGACUUGGGGACUGUGAAGAGACCUCUGGUGGUAUGUCUUGUUGUGUGUGCAUGGGUGUCCGAGCUGUGUGUUAGUAGUUUAAACAGACAUAUUGCUGUAUUGAACAUGUCAAUACUUACAAAAACAAGUAGUGAUGAAGUCAAUCUCUCGUCGACUUUGAGCCAUGAAAGAUUGACAUGCAUAUUAUUAAUGUUAGCUCUAUGUGUACAUUUAAGGGCCUGCCGUGCUGCCUUGUUCUGGCCCAGUUGUAAUUUUCCCAAGUCCCUCUUUGUGGCACCUGACCACAUGACUGGGCAGUAGUCCAGGUGCAACAAAACUAGGGCCUGUAGGACCUGUCUUGUUGAUAGUGUUGCUAAGAAGGCAGAGUAACGCUUUAUUAUGGACAGACCUCUCCCCAUCUUAGCUACUGUUGCAUCAAUGUUUUGACCAUAACAGUUUACAUUCCAGGGUUACUCCAAGCAGUUUAGUCACCUCAACUUGCUCAAUUUCCAGAUUAUUCAUUACAAGAUUCAGCUGAGGCUUAGGGUUUAAUGAAUGAUUUGUCCCAAAUACAAUGCUUUUAGUUAUUGAAAUAUUUAGGACUAAGUUAUUUCUUGCCACCCAUUCUGAAACUGACUGCAGCUCUUUGUUAAGUGGUGCAGUGAUUUCACUUGCUGUAGUAUCUGACGUGUAUAGUGUUGAGUCAUCCGCAUACAUAGACACACUGGCUUUACUCAGAGCCAGUGGCAGGUCAUUAGUAAAGAUUGAAAAAAGUAAGGGGCCUAGACAGCUGCCCUGGGGAAUGCCUGAUUCUACCUGAAUUAUGUUGGAGAGGCUACCAUUAAAGAACACCCUCUGUGUUCUGUUAGACAGGUAACUCUCAAUCCACAAUAUAGUAGGGGUUGUAAAGCCAUAACAUCUUAAGUUUUUCCAGCAGCAGACUAUGAUCGAUAAUGUCAAAAGCCGCACUGAAGUCUAACAAAACAGCUCCCAAAAUCUUUUUAUUAUCAAUUUCUCACAACCAAUCAUCUGUCAUUUGUGUAAGUGCUGUGCAUGUUGAGUGCCCUUCACUAUAAGCAUGCUGAAAGUCUGUUGUUAAUUUAUUUACUGUAAAAUAGCAUUGUAUCAGGUCAAACACAAUUUUUUCCAAAAGUUUACUAAGGGUUGGUAACAGGCUGACUUUUGCUUCCCUCCAGGCCUGAAGGCACAUACGUUCCUGUAGGCUUAGAUGGCAAAUAGGAGUGGCAAUAUCGUCCGCUAUCAUCCUCAGUAAUUUCCUCUCCAAGUUUUCAGACCCAGGUGGCUUGUCAUUGUUGAAAAAAAAAAAAAAAUUCCACACUCACUUUACGGAUUUCUAAAUUAUAAUGAUUGUCUUUCAUAAUUUGAUCAGUUAUACUUGGAUGUGUAGAUUCGGCGUUUGUUGCUGGCAUGUCAUGCUUAAAUUUGCUAAUCUUGCCAGUUAAAAAAUCAUUAAAGUAGUUGGCAAUAUUAGUGGGUUUUAUGAUGAAUGAGCCAUCUGAUUCAAUGAAUGAUGGAGCUGAGUUUACCUUUUGCCCAAAAUGUAAUGUAUGGUGCUUCAAAGCUUUUUACUAUAAUUCUUUAUAUAAUUUAUCUUUGUUUCAUAGUAUAGCUUUUUAUUAUUUUUGUUCUGUUUAGUCACAUGAUUUCUCAAUUUGCCAAUCGGUUAUGCAGCCAGACUUAUUUGUCAUUCCUUUUGCCUCAUCCCUCUCAACCAUAACAUUUUUCAAUUGCUUAUCAAUCCAUGGGGAUUUAACAGUUUUUACAGUGCAUGCUUAUUAGUAACUGGAGUAAGCAAUUUCAUAAAUGUGUCAAGUGCAGCGUCUGGUUGCUCCUCAUUACAUACCACAAACCAGCAAAUAUUAUUUACAAAAUCAACAUAGGAAUCACUACAAAUACCAUAUUGUGAUCACUUCAUUCUAUGGAUUUGGAUACUGCUUUACAGCUGAUUUCUGCAGCAUUAGUAAAGAUGUGAUCAAUACAUGUGGAUUUCAUUCCUGUGCUGUUUGUAAACACCCUGGUAGGUUGACUUGUAACAAAUACUGACUGUUAGCACUUGGUGGUCUAUAGCAGCGUUAGCACUUGGUGGCCCAUCCUACAAGAAUGGGGUUUAGGUGAGGCAGAUGAACCUGUAGCCAUGUUACUUCAACAGUACUUGACAUGAUAUCCUCUCUAAGCUUUACUGGAGUGUGGCUCUGAAAAUAGACCGCAACACCUCCCCUAUUGGCAUUUCUGUAUUUUCUGUAGAUGUUAUAACCAUCUAUUGCUACCACUAUAUCAUCAAAGGUAUUAUCUAAGUGAGUUUCAGAGAUGGUCAGAAUAUGAAUGUCAACUGUUACUAGCGAGUUAUCGAUUUCAUGAACCUUGUUUCUUAAGCUUUUCUGGGAUGCUUGAUUGUUUUUAUUGCUUUAUUGGGAAGCUUAGCAGAGGUAGACAUACUCGUGUUAUUUAUGUUGGUGCAGGGUGAGUUUCUUAAGCUACAUAAACUACAUGACCAACGUAUCUGGACACCUGCUCCUUGUCAAACAUCUAAUUCGAGAAUCAUGGGCAUUAAUAUGGAGUUGGUACCCCCCUUUGCUGCUAUAACAGCCUCUACUCUUCUGGGAAGGCUUUCCACUAGAUGUUGGAACAUUGCUGCGGGGACUUGCUUCCAUUCAGCCACAAGCGCAUUAGUGAGGUCGGGCACUGAUGUUGGGCGAUUAGGCCUGGCUCGCAGUCGGUGUUCCAAUUCAUCCCUAAGGUGUUCGAUGGGGUUGAGGUCAGGGCUGUGUGCAGGCCAGUCAAUUUCUUCCACACCGAUCUCGACAAACCAUUGUUGUAUGGACCUGGCUUUGUGCACAGGGAAUUGUCAUGCUGAAACAGGAAAGGGCCUUCUCCAAACUGUUGCUACAGAGUUGGAAGCACAGAAUCGUCUAGAAUGUCAUUGUAUGCUGUAGUGUUAAGAUUUCCCUUAAUUGGAACUAAGGGGCCUAGCCCGAACCACGAAAAACAGCCCCAGACCAUUAUUCCUCCUCCACCAAACUUUACAGUUGGCACUAUGCAUUCGGGCAGGUAGCGUUCGCCUGGCAUCCGCCAAACUCAGAUUUGUCCGUCGGACUGCAGGCUGUUGAAGCGUGAGUCAUCACUCCAGAGAACGUGUUUCCACUGCUCCAGAGUCCAAUGGCGGCAAGUUUACACCACUCUAGCCGAUGCUUGGCAUUGCGCAUGGUGAUCUUAGGCUUGUGUGGCUGCUCGGUCAUGGAAACCCAUUUCAUGAAGCUCCCGAUGAACAGUUAUUGUGCUUAUGUUGCUUCCAGAGGUAGUUUGGAACUCGGUAGUGAGUGUUGCAACCGAGGACAGACGAUUUUUAUGCGCUAUGCGCUUCAAAACUCGGCAGUCCGGUUCUGUGAGCUUGUGCGGCCUACCACUUUCGCUGCUGAGCUGAUGUUGCUCCUAGACAUUUCCACUUCACAAUAACAGCACUUAGAGUUGACUGGGGCAGCUCCAGCAGGGCAGAAAUUUGACGAACUGACUUGUUGGAAAGGUGGCAUCCUAUGACGGUCCCACGUUGAAAGUCACUGAGCUCUUCAGUACGGGCCAUUAUACUGCCAAUGUUUGUCUAUGGACAUUGCAUGGCGAUUGCAUGGCGGUGUGCUCGAUUUUAUACACCUGUCAGCAAUGGGUGUGGCUGAAAUAGCUGAAUCCACUAAUUUGAAGGGGUGUCCAUAUACUUAAUGUGGGCUAUUUUUAGCACUUUUCUGAGAUGCUUGAUUGUUUUACUGAGCGGCUUAUCAGAGUAAGCAUGACAGUCAUAUUUAUGUUGGAGCUGAUAGUGCAGGGUGAGCUGCACACAGUGGACUUCCUACUAGGACACACCGCCUCAGUGCUAACAGUAUAACUCUGGUUCAUAGACACAUGAUUACUGCAUACAAUAGCUAUAGUAUCGACAGAGGCAUUCAGCAAACUUAGAAGGACAUAAAUUAGGUUACUUACACUAUAACUUCCAACGCUCCUGGGACAAUGUACAUUUGCUGCAGCACUACGACAACUCAGUGACACAAUGGUGGCGAUUUUCUGAGCAGGGCUUCGGUCAUUGAUAAGUCAUUUUCUCAACGCAGCCUUGAAAUGCGUGGACAGAGUCCAGGAGCCAAGAUGAUUUGGAUGGACUCCGUCAUUCCUGUAGAGUAUCUUCUGUAUCCAGAAGGUGUCAAAGUCAUCUAUAUAAGCUAUGCCAACAGAGCUACAGUAAUCUUUUAGCCAGAUGUGUAAUGCCAGUAGCUUGUUGAAUCUCUCACAGCCGUGACCCAACGAUGGUACUGGACCUGAAAUAAUUGGCCGCUUUUUUGGAAACUUUCAGAGUUAGAAUCAGUUCUUUUAAAAUCAAUUUUCAGCAGUUCCAAGUAGCCCUACUAAUGUCAUUUGACCCCACAUGGACUACAACAGCGUCAGUCGUAGAACGGUAGGGAGCAGCCUUGUAAUGUCCUGUACUCGUGCUCUAGGGUAGCACAGGGUUUUUGUCCCUGGAACCGAGAUCUUUCUCACCAUAGAGCUGCUGAUGACGACAGCUGGUGCAAAGGCUGAGGUGGUGUGGCUGCUCUUUCGCCUCGAGUGGCCUCGCAGACCGCUCAAGGAUCGAUGGGCGGUGACGCCUGAUGGACCCUAGCCAGCUGUAGAAUCCAUCGUGGCUGAUGGAAGGGCCGGAGUCUCAGACACCCUUACGGUCCGAUGAGGGGGGAGUUCUGAAGAUCUAAAACCCUGUUAGAAGCCACCGGAGAGGGAGACAGAAUAGAGGGCGAAGGCGCAGGUACCCCUUGAUCCAAUCUUGACGCGGAAACCCCCAGGGAUGAAGGCGCCUGAACCUCUGGAUCCAGGGUGGUGAAGCUGUUUGAAGUCUGUGUCUGGUCUGGGCUUCCCAUCACCAAGGAGGCCCCCAUCACCAAGGAGGCCCCCAUCACAAAGAAGGCCCACAUUGCCAGAUGCCGCUGCUUUCUACUUCCACUGCGAGUGACGUAUCUCCAUGGCUGAUUGAUAGGAUCAAGAACAGGAACAUCCACCAAGUCAUCCAGAAGCAGCUUGCUGACUCCAUUCUCCAGGAAAGAGGGAGACACCUUCGGUGAGGGAUCCCUGCAGAGCACCGGCCAGUUGGCUGUGGAGAGCCGUCAUGGCGGCGACACUUCCACCAGGCCAGAGUGGCGACCAGCUACUGGAGUAGAGGAGAAGUAGGCGGGCUAGGAUUCCCGAGUAGCUUGUGUAGGAUUCCCCCAGUAGCUUGUGUAGGAUUCCCCCAGUAGCUUGUGUAGGAUUCCCCCAGUAGCUUGUGUAGGAUUCCCCCAGUAGCUUGUGUAGGAUUCCCCCAGUAGCUUGUGUAGGAUUCCCCCAGUAGCUUGUGUAGGAUUCCCCCAGUAGCUUGUGUAGGAUUCCCCCAGUAGCUUGUGUAGGAUUCCCCCAGUAGCUUGUGUAGGAUUCCCCCAGUAGCUUGUGUAGGAUUCACCCAGUAGCUUGUGUAGGAUUCACCCAGUAGCUUGUGUAGGAUUCCCCCAGUAGCAUGUACUGUUGGUAGUAGCAUCGGCUAAUGUUGGUAGCUAUGCAACGCAGUUCCAGCCAGGACAAGUUGCAGGGAAAAAGUUGUCUGAAAUCGGUCACCUCUACAAAACCAGGAGGUAUAGCAACACUGUGUGUGCGUCUGUGUGUGUGACCCAUGUGUGUCUCUCUUCCCCCAGAGCGCCCCAUGUUGAAGUGGUUGUGUUUCCUGUGAUGCGGGGCUUCCACUGUGGCCCUCCUGAUCCUCCCCAAGUUCAUCACUGACAACAAUACCUCUGCCAACACUGAGGUGACACGUGUGUGUGUCUGUGUGAGAGAGAGGGACCUGGGCCCUGACAGUAAAUCUCAGUAAGACACAAAUAAUGGUGUUCCAAAAAAGGUCCAGUUGCCAGGACCACAAAUACAAAUUCCAUCUAGACACCGUUGCCCUAGAGCACACAAAAAAAACGAUAAAUACCUUGGCCUAAACAUCAGUGCCACAGGUAACUUCCAUAAAGCUGUGAACAAUCUGAGAGACAAGGCAAGAAGGGCCUUCUAUGCCAUCAAAAGGAACAUAAAUUCGACAUACCAAUUAGGAUCUGGCUAAAAAUACUUGAAUCAGUUAUAGAACACAUUGCCCUUUAUGGUUGUGAGGUCUGGGGUCCGCUCACCAACCAAGAAUUCACAAAAUGGGACAAACACCAAAUUGAGACUCUGCAUGCAGAAUUCUGCAAAAAUAUCCUCAGUGUACAACGAAAAACACCAAAUAAUGCAUGCAGAGUAGAAUUAGGACGAUACCCGCUAAUUAUCAAAAUCCAGAAAAGAGCCGUUAAAUUCUAUAACCACAUAAAAGGAAGCGAUUCCCAAACCUUCCAUAACAAAGCCAACACCUACAAAGAGAUUAACUUGGAGAAGAGUCCCCUAAGCAAGCUGGUCCUGGGGCUCUGUUCACAAACACAAACAGACCACACAGAGCCCAAGGACAACAACACAAUUAGACCCAACCAAAUCAUGAGAAAACAAAAAGAGAAUUACUUGACACAUUGGAAAGAAUUAACAAAAAAACUGAGCAAACUAGAAUGCUAUUUGGCCCUAAACAGAGAGUACACAGUUGCAGAAUACCUGACCACUGUGACUGACCCAAACUUAAGGAAAGCUUUGACCAUGUGCCGCCGUAGGCAGACUAGGCUCUCAAGAGAAGACAGGCUAUGUGCACACUGCCCACAAAAUGAGGUGGAAACUGAGCUGCACUUGCUAACCUCCUGCCAAAUGUAUGACCAUAUUAGAGACACAUAUUUCCCUCAGAGUACACAGAUCCACAAAGAAUUCGAAAACAAACCCAAUUUUGAUAAACUCCCUUAUCUACUGGGUGAAAUACCACAGUGUGCCAUCACAGCAGCAGCAUUGUUACAACACUGUAUAUAUACAUUAUAUGACAUUUGAAAUGUCUUUUUGGAACUUCUGAGUGUAAUGUUUACUGUUAAUUUGUAUUGUUUAUUUCACUUUUGUUUACUAUCUACUUCACUUGCUUUGGCCAUGUUAACAUAUGUUUCCCAUGGGGGGGGGGGGGGGGAGGAGAAGAGAGAGAGAGAGAGAGAGAGAGAGAGAGAGAGAGAGAGAGAGAGAGAGAGAGAGAGAGAGAGAGAGAGAGAGAGAGAGAGAGAGAGAGAGACCAAUGUGUUGUAUCUCAUCCUAUAUCUUCUCUCUCUCUUUGACCUGGUCUCUGACUCUCGCGCUGACUAUGUCUCUCUGACUCUCUCUCUUUAGAGUGCCUCUAAUAGCGUGGAGAUCUGUGGUUAUGCCUGUGGAUACCUGGCCUCCAUGUUCUACCUCUCCUCUCGGUUUCCACAGCUCUACAAAAAUGUAAGUGGCAGUCUAUGUGUGAUUAUGGAGGCGAGGUGGGGUAAGAUGUGAAGGGACAGCAGUGUUAGGGGACAUGAGGAGUGAGAGGGAAGAGGGUGAGAGGAGGGGAAGGAAGGGCUGAUAAAGGAAGGCUCAAGGUAGUUGGGGCCAGAAGAAAAAAAGAGGAAUGCUGCUGUUUUGAGUUUUUCAAAUUAGAACCAGGCGUGAGAGACUGGUGUUUUCUGCUGAGUGAUGUCACAGCAUCUGGACUGGUGGCUCAUGCAGAGAACUCACUGUCACUCCCAAUGUGAUAACUGAUCCUAGGGAUGGUCUAAGGGGGAGAGCACAGCUCACAUACACGUUUUUUUAUAUAUUGAGUGUCUGUGUGAGCAUGCAUGACUUACCAACAACAAAUCAUGCAUACUACUAACACAUUGUCAAACAUUGUGAAAAUAUGUUCAGAACUAAUAUUAUUUUGGAACUUAACAAAAAUGUAGGUAAAAUGAAGAAGUAAUAGAAUGGGGUUAAAUGAUGAACUAUAUAACAUGGUUUGAAGACCCUAAGCCUAAAAUCUCAGCUUUUCUCUGUCGGUUUUGAGGUCGAGAAGGUAACAUCUACCUGUCUGUGUCCAGUUUAAGAGGCAGUCUACAGAGGGCACGUCAUACAUGCUGUUUGCCCUGGCCAUGAUGGGCAACGGGACCUACGGGCUCAGUGUCAUUGUGGUUCUGCCAGCUCUGACCGGCUCCAAACAGACCUUCAUCCUCAAACAUCUGGCCUGGCUCAUCGGCAGCCUGGGAGUCCUCCUCCUAGACUUCUUCGUAUCCUUUCUUUUACUCAGAGAUCAUCAUUUCACUGAAAAAAGGAUCUGGAAUAUCUGGAAUAUUGUUGACUUGUUGUGGUGUGUUUGUGAAUGAGCCUUAACUCUCCCAGGUCACCGCCCAGUUCAUCAUCUACAGGAAGAACAGCUCCGGUAAAACCAGCAAGAAGCUGAAAGGUCCUGAAGUAGAACCUCUGCUCUGUGAAGAGGAGGAGCUGUCC